AUGGCUCGAAUUGCUGUACCGUUUGAUCCGAAUGCCGAUCACAGUGCGACUUUCGUUUUCACACCUCGUCGUCCUCCUCCUGAUCCAACAGCGUGGACAAUUGUAGAGCGGAACAGGAACAGGAACAGAAACAGAAAUGAACCAAUCCCAGCCCAUGUCUUAUGGGAUUGGGACAAUGGUCCGCUUCCGAAAGGGUAUAAUAUCUUGACUUUGAAAAACAAGAUUGAGGAAGGCCUCUCAGCCAUGAAUCAGCAUCAAAAACGAGCACAUCAGUUCCAAACCUACCAAGAUCAGUAUUCACGAGUAACAGACGUAGGAGAUGCAAUCUUAGCUCGGGAGAUGAAAUUCAUUCAUUACGAAAACAAUGAUUCUCCUGAUAAGGAUUUUGGCACGUCUUUGGAAUUUAUGGUUAAACAUGGAUGGAUCGUGUUGCUUGCACAGCCAGAUACUGAAACUAUCCUUCGAGCUUAUGCAAGGGCAACUUGGUUGUGGCAGAGGUUGUAUGAAGGCGAAAUGCCCUCCAUAACGAAACUUCUCGGUCCCAUCCCACCGUCUCCUUUCACUCCAGAUGGAAAACCCCCAACAUGUCAACGUCGUCGAUUUGGAUUGAUCAGUUUAAAGAUGUUUAGGAAUGUUGUGAAGCCUGAUACGGUCUUGUUUAAUCUUCUACUUGGUUCUUGUGUGAGAUUUGGUUACUCUCUCAAAGGACAAGAACUUAUCGAGCUAAUGGCGAAAGUAGAGGUCAUUGCGGAUGCAUACAGGUUUGUGAUCAUGUCUUGCGUUUACGAAAUUAACGGUAUGCGGGAUGAGUUGAAGAAGUUCAAGGAGCAUACUGGUCAGCCUGGAGUUCAAAUUUGA